CUUGUCAAAUAUGUUUUGUUUAGUUUGACAAGCCAGCGGACUGAAAGCUGGCCAGCACAAUGGACUGUUAUCAACGAAAAGAAGAAGGAAGACGUUUCGCUGGAGUUCAUCAACAAGCGAAUUCAACCACCAAACAUGCUCUUCCGCAAACAAGGACAACGCAACAUCGUCUACCGGGGCAUCAAGUUGAAGAGAUGGAAAUACCUGAAGGACAUCUAUGUAACAAUGCUGGACAUGAAGUGGAGAUGGGCGUUCUUGCUGAUCUUCACCGGUUUCUCCAGCUCCAUGUUGCUGUUCUCCGCCAUUUACUACCUCAUGUGUCAUGUACAUGGCGACUUUGACCAGGUCAACAAAGCCAAGCCCGACUUCAUGCCCUGUCUGGUGGGAGUCAACAAUUUCUGGGACAUGCUUCUCUUCUCUAUGGAAACCCAGUCAACCAUUGGAUAUGGGACCUUAUACCCGAACGCCGAGUGCGGCCCCGUCAUUCCAGUUGUUUUUAUACAAAUCACCUUGGGAUUUCUGCUGGAGACCACACUUCUGGGGUUUAUGUUCAUGAAACUUGCACGGCCGAAACACCGUAGACAUACUCUCAUCUUCAGCAAGAAGGCCUCUAUCUGCCUUGAAGACAGUCACAUGACCCUGCAGAUUCGCGUCGGGGAUAUUCGAGAUACUCAUCUCAUAGACGCAAAAGUGCACGGUAUUCUCAUCAAGACAUACACCACAGCUGAACAACACGUCUACCCGCUGUAUCAGUUCAAUGUGGAGUUCAAAGCUCAUGGAAUGAAAGACCAUCUCUUUCUUUUCUACCCAAUGGUGUUGAGCCACGAGAUCACACAGGACAGUCCGCUCUACGACGUCACAGCGGCGG